UCCAUGCCCCUUGCAUUGCCGUUAACCGCUCUGAGGUCAGCUGUCACAGUUUCAUGAUCAUGCAUGUACAUGUACAUGUACACAAAUGUACAUAAAUAGCAACAGGCACGCGAGAGCGAGCAUUCAUUUUGAGUUGAUGGUCGCAAGAUGGGUAGACAGUUUCUGUCGUGGUGGUGUCUGCCAGCUUUAUUUCCUCUGCUUGUUCUGGUUACGCGGAGUUUGGCCCAGUCAUGGCCAAGCCACGAUGGAGGAUUCCCUCCUCUGCAACCGGAACCAUCCCCACCAGUCGACGUCACAACAGUUGCGAUAGCAAACACGACCGUAGGUCUUUGCAAUGACCAGCAUUUCUGUAGUAGUCUUGGCUGCGGGCCGUCUCGUGGUGUGACCGGCGAUGGAAUGGUCCCUCUCUGCCACUGCGACCAAGCGUGCUUCUUCUAUGACGACUGCUGUCACGACUAUGUGAGGACGUGUGAAGAACCAGAGUCGCCGAGCAGUGGCACGAAAGACUAUCGGGAACUCGAGCUGGACCAUUUCUCCUGCGUUUUCUUUGCAAAGUAUCGUCAAACAACCAGCUUUCUUCUUGUCAGUACGUGCCCUGACGAGGCAACCGACACGCAGGCGGCUAUUUUAUGCGAAGACCCUGGUAUCGAUGACGCGCUUGGUUCCAUUCCCUGCUACAGCAACAAGAGCGGUGUUCACUUCCGCAAUGUCUAUUGCGCCCUCUGUCAUGGGGUGAACAGAGAGGAAUUAAUCCCCUGGGAUGUUCUGGUGGACUGUGCAUUGGCUCCCAGGCAAUACGACGUCGCGAAAGCCCUUCUACAAAGUUCUGUCAAAAAUUUUGAUCGGAUUGAACAAGAACUUGGCUGUGCUGUCAUCAUCCAGACUCCAGCACUGGAUGACGUAAGGCAGAAACCGCGUGCAUGUUAUCUGGAUGUCAUUGGUCACUGCGCGACGCCACAGGACCCACUGAGCAGCGUGUGCGAGUCCUACACAGCACUGGUAACGGUUGCUGGCCGAGAAAGCACGGAGGUAUUCAGAAACCCGCACUGUGCCCUAUGCAACCUACCCAACGAGCCCGACCGAGUCGAAUUUGCAACAGACUGCAGUGGUUCAAAUGUACCAGUUUUCUACUUGUCUGGCACGUUUCUAACGUUGGGUGCUGUACCAUGGGGUGCAGAAUCUGAGGUCGAAAUAAAAUCAUUUAAUCGACCAGUAUCGCCGCCACCAAUUUCUAUCCUUUUCGAUUUCAGGGCUGACAGCAGUGUUAAGAUCAUUCAAGAUAGGGAGGUACUUGUGUCGGAGACAGUCCAAUGUCCUCAGAAUGAGGUCUACGACCCUUUUGUUUCGCGUUGUCGUAGAUUGACCUGUCCCAAGGGCUACCUUCUUCAUGACAAUAAAUGUGUCCCCGACUUCAAGGCCAUAGGAGAGGCCUGUGAGGACAGUAGAGGUGACAGUAGAAUUGACAUAGGAGUGACGGUCACUUUGGGUGACCCGUGUAAGGACAGUCUACCAAAUGAUAGGGAUGCUCAUUUAGUUAAAGACAUUCGGCUUUGUGUUGAAGAUUUUUUAGGAUUUCCCCAAGGAUCCUUACAGAUUGCUACCAACACCCCAAAACAAACUACCGCUUGCCGAGGAGGAACCCUUUAUGCUUUCUCGACAAAUAUCACCAACGAACCAUUCAAGAAUUUCCAGGAAGCCUUACAACUUUCACUGCCAGCAGCCAAUUUUUGCCGAAUGUUUGACAUAUAUGACACGUGGUCUUUAGAACUUCAUCAACAUUGUAAAGACCUGUCAACUGAUGAGUGCAACGGCCGCUGGUUAAAUGACACCGAAUUCUCUCUCCCUGUCAAAAACGGAAGAACUCUUGUUUACGUCAACGCAUCGGCGUCGUGGUACCAACUGAAUCAGACGAUUAUUAAAACCAACUUCCAAACGCAGAAAAAGUCAGUCGAGCAAUCUACCCACAUGCAGAUCUGUGCCGAUUCAACAUUAGCGUGUCCUUUAGUGGUUUUGAACACUUCCCUUUUCGUGGUUGAUAAAAAUGACCCAGGGUCCAUUAUUCACAAUCACACGGGAAAGGUGUUCAAGAGAGACGAGUACGUAAGAACUGAAAGUGGAAAGAUUCAAGUUUGUUCCUUCUAUGACAGCAACGGCACCAGAAGCCGUACGGGUUCGACCUUCUUCGUUUUUUCGAUGACACAGCAGAUACUCAGUCUAGUUGGUAAUAUCAUCUCCAUGACAGCAGCACUUGCUACCUUCAUUACCUACUGUGCCUUCAAGGAACUCAGACAACGCAUCAGUCUGGCAAUCAUGUCUCUGGUUGCUUGUCUCUUUCUGGCGCAGCUCCUCCUUCUUGUCAGUGGCUCUGCAACGAGCAACCCGCCAGCUUGCACCACGGUGGCUGUCCUCGGUCACUUCUUCUGGCUGACAACGGUACUCUGGACGGGGGUCUUGGCCUUUGACCUCAACCAAACUUUCGCUUACAGUUCAAAGAUCCGAAGGCUUGAUUCCAACAAAAGAACGUACUGUCUGCAUGUAACUUUCUGUUUUGGAGGAGCCUCUCUUGUAGUUCUCCCAUGCUUGGUGAUCCACCUGUGUGACUGCACGGAUAUUCCCCUCUCGUACGGUAAUGAGAAUGUCUGCUGGAUAGGUAAUGGUUACGUCAAUCUAGUAGCCUUUGGUAUCCCUAUAGGCUUGACGGUGCUUGUGAAUGGUGUUCUGUUUGCGUUCACCGUCCACGGGAUACGUUCUUCAACUAAACAAAGCAAGCCGCUCAAACAGACCGAAAAGUCAGAGUUGCAGAGAAUGAGACAAGAGCUGUUCGUUUAUAUAAAGAUCUCCAGCCUCAUGGGUUUCACAUGGAUCUUCGGCUUUGCUGCAGCUUGGACUGAUGUCGACACUCUCUGGUAUAUCUUUAUCAUCCUCAACUCUUGCCAGGGUCUCCUCGUCUUCCUCGCGUUCAUUUGCAAUAAGAAAGUCUGGUGUCUGUGGACGAACCUCCUCUGCGGCGGUAGGGAGAAACACGGAGGAUCUAGUUCCUUUUCCACACGUUUAUCAAUGCGGCCUAUGCUGAAGCAUCGUAGUGAUAGCAAUGCCAGUAGUGCUACUCGGAAGACUCGAACGACUGACAUUUAACGGACGGGGCCAAUUAAUUUAAUGGAACACACAGAAUAGAAAAUAAUUUCUUUAUAGCAGCAGGUUAUUUGGAAGUACAUGUACAGUGCGAUGUAAUUGACUUUGACAGGUUUGGUUUUGUUUGCUAAGUGAACUUAUCAUGGCUUUCUGUUUUGCUAGUUGUGAACAUGUAGCAACUGCACUGUGUAUUUAAUACACAAAGGAUCUUAUAAAUAAGCCUACUUUUUCAGUUUGUAAUGUUAGAUGGACGAAUUUAUUGCGUCAUUUUACAAGUUCGCAUACAAUUAUUGCAACAUAAGUGGACAGGAGAUGCAUGAGUUGGCUUUACAUUGUGACAAUUUCCGCCCAAAGUGUACACUAUUAGCCAGCGCGCUGCUACACCUAAAAUACGCCAAUAGUGUGUGCAAUUUAAAAGCUUGUUACGCUACUCUGACACUAGGCUCUGCAACUUUCGCCUAUUCGGCGAAUUUGAAGUCGCAGCACUUAACAAUUUAGUUGAAAAAAAGUUGCCAAAAUAUCUGAAAAUGUUCAUGGGGUCCGUCAAACAUUCCUCUAAAGCGCAAAAAUGUGUACAGGAAUUUGGAACAUGUUCAAAUUUCCGGCGACUGUCGCCACCUCGGCUUUUUCGCCCUUAAACAGUCCAAAACCCUUCGCAAGUAUCGCCAACUGAAAAGAAAAAACUGCGACAGAAUUGAGGUCUGGAGAAACUUUCCAGAAGGUCCAUUGGGUGAUCCUGCAUGUCCAUCUUCUCCAAAGGCUUGAUGCAGACUGAUGCUGACCUCAGUUUGCUGAUUGUUUUUAUACUAACUAGUCGGCGGCCGCGACAUGUGAUUCUUACUGCCUAAUGGUUGCAACAUGCAUACACGACGAGGCCUCCAAAGUCGCAUUCCCUUCACGUGAGUUCGCCAAACCAUCUCAAAAGUUGAAAUCGUCACGCGAACGUCGUGGGUUGGACGAACGUCAUGCGACUUUUGCCAAUUUGCAACACAAAUUAACCGUCGCAAGACAUUGACAGAUAAUUCCAAAUAUGUAAAAGUCGUGGCUUUUCUCUGCCCAAAGUGCCACGAAUCCAGUUCGCUAAGCUCGCCUAAGUUGCCUAAUCUAGUGUGAGGCCACCUUUAAAGAGCCAAGGCAAGACAAACGAUACACAAUACACUUUGCAUCAACUCAAUGCACUGCAUGUUGCAAUUAGCUUGUGUUGAAUGUACAGAAUCCACACGAGUUUCCAUGGACAGCAUGACCCGUUGUUGUAAAUACAUGUACAGUUUUGUAUAGUAUGUGUUAAUGCAGUAACCUGUAGAUAGUAUCGUGUUAAUCUGUUACGUUUAGUUUCAUUCAAUUUGCAUGUGGUUUUUAAGCAUCAUUAACAGGGUGUUGAUAUUGUUUCGUACUUUACUUUUGCCAAUUUUGCCUAUAGGCCUACAGUGGGCUUAAGCAGCUAUGUUGAAAUAUUGGAGUGGCCUGUUGCACUUUUAUAGUUCUAGAACUUUACCUUUUAAACAU